AUUUAUUAGUAUGAAAGGGACCGAAAUGCAAAAGGGACCCCGCGAGCAAGGAAGCCCAAAAGAACAAGCGAUCGGCUCCCCUCCAACAUUCCCGGCCGGCGCCGACGCCGCCGCCUACUGACCCGGUCGAGCUUCCACAGCCACCUGCGCCGCCGCCGGUCAUGAGCGUCACCGCUGCUGUGGCUCCGAACCGCCGCACGCGGAGCCGGCCGCCAUCGGCCGCGUCCUCCCGCAGGUCCGAUGACCCCUCCGCCGCCGCCGCCGCCGCCGCCGCCAACGGAAACGGCGGGGUCUCCUCCAAGCCCGCCUCCCCCAACCACGCCGCAGGGGAGAGGACGGUCCAGAAGCUGCGGCUGUCGAAGGCGCUGACGAUCCCGGAGGGGACAGCGGUCUCGGAGGCGUGCCGGAGGAUGGUGGCGAGGCGGGUCGACGCCGUGCUGCUCACUGACGCCAACGGCCUGCUCUCCGGCAUCGUCACCGACAAGGACAUAGCUACGAGGGUGAUCGCUGAGGGGCUGCGGGUUGAGCAAACAAUCAUCUCCAAGAUCAUGACAAGGAACCCUGUAUAUGUCAUGGCUGACACACUUGCUAUCGAGGCAUUGCAGAAAAUGGUCCAAGGCAAAUUUAGACACCUUCCAGUUGUGGAAAAUGGAGAGGUUAUUGCUAUGCUGGACAUUGCAAAAUGCCUCUAUGAUGCAAUUUCAAGACUGGAAAAGGCAGCAGAACAAGGAGUUGCACUAGCAGCUGCUGUGGAAGGGGUUGAGCGACAAGUAGGAGGAAACUUCUCAGCUCCUCACACUCUUAUAGAGACUCUAAGAGAACGGAUGUUUAAACCUUCUUUGUCAACCAUUAUCACAGAGAAUACAAAAGUAGCAACUGUUACACCUUCAGAUCCUGUUUAUGUAGCAACCCAAAAAAUGCGUGAAUUACGAGUCAACUCAGUGAUUAUAACUGCUGGAAAUUCACUGCAAGGGAUCUUUACCUCAAAAGAUGUGCUUAUGCGUGUUGUCGCACAAAAUCUUUCUCCUGAGUUAACUCCAGUUGAAAAGGUAAUGACUGCACACCCCGAUUGUGCUACAUUAGACACGACAAUCCUUGACGCACUACAUAUUAUGCAUGAUGGCAAAUUCUUGCAUAUUCCUGUUCUUGAUGGAGAUGGGCGAGUAGCUGCUUGCUUGGAUGUUCUGCAACUUACCCAUGCGACCAUUUCAAUGGUUGAAGGAGGUCCUGGAACUGCAAGUGAUGUGGCGAGCACAAUAAUGCAAAAGUUCUGGGACUCCGCUCUUGCUCUGGAACCUCCAGAAGAGGAAUUUGAUAGUCACAGUGAAUUAUCUUUAGUGAUGCCAUCAGAGGUUGGGGGUGGCAGUAGUAGUAUUUAUCCUCCUGCUGUUGGUAAUUCUUGUGCCUUCAAGCUCCAGGACCAGAAGGGACGUAUGCAUAGAUUUACAUGUGGAUCAGAAAGUUUAGAUGAGUUGAUGUCUUCUGUAAUGCAAAGGUUAGGCAUUGGUGGUGAAAAGGGCACAGUUCAGCUUUUGUACGAAGAUGAUGAAGGUGACAGGGUGCUGCUCAUGACGGAUUCUGAUCUUUCUGGUGCUGUGCUUUAUGCCAAAACAUCUGGAUUGAAGGCCUUGAGGUUGCAUAUCGAUGACUCAGGUUCCAGCAAUGAAGUGACAAAACCAUUGCCAGAGCUGGCAUCGUCCCACGGAAGUCAAUUGACGCAUGUUCAUUAUGGACUGAUGGCUUGUGCGAUUGCUCUAACAGGCGUUGCUUUGAUGGUUUACUUGAAACACUCGAAAGCGUGAAUUUCCAGCGGAAUACACAAUUUUGCAAUGCUUAUAUAUACAACUAAUAUGCACGGAAGGAUCACACAUCUUGGCUCAUCAGAAGGCUAAGAAUGAAGAAAUAAAGGGCCGUCGACGAUACACUGAGUACAUUGGUGGCCCAAAAGCAAUCAGCUGACUGUCAAGUUCUCCGAUGAACUGAAGUCAGUUCUUAUGGUGGGAAGGAAGCCUAGCUGUAACUAUGCAAAUUUUCCUGUUUAUUUUUCACAGGAAUUCGCAGUUUCACGAAUUCUGUGUAACAUGUUCCUUUUACGGCUAUUUCUUGGUCACCACAACUUUGGUAGUGAUGUCGCAGGUUAUCUCCUGAUCUGAGAUGCCGCAUAGCCAUGUAUAUGCAUUUUAUAGCCAUGUAUAUGCAUAUGUGAAUAAGAAACUAAGAAUAAAUCUCUA